AUUUGGUGGAAGGGAGAAAGGAGAAUAAAUAAAGGAAAUAGGAGGCUUGAUAGCCUUUCACUGAGUGAAACGGAGCUCAGAGGACCUCUUCUACUUUGUAACUAUAAAUCUUUGUAGUAAAACACCAUGGCGGCUACUGAGGACUCAUCAGACUCCACAGUACGGAACAGGAAUAGUGACCACACCAAAGACCAAACCUGCGCUGAACAAAAUGGACCUGAAAUGCCAGGACAGUAUAAAUACCCUCCAAAUGACCCCUUUUUGGAAAGUAGACAAUCCAAGGGUGUGAAGGCAGACAUUGUGGAGGAUGUAAGCAAUCAUUUAGGGACCCUUCGUGAUGAAGCCAUGACAGAGAAGGUGCAAUCACACAGAUCCCAAGGAUCAAUGUCUGGAAGAAGGAAAACAUUUGUGCAUCGUGCUUCCCUGCUGGAUGACUUGAAUGAUGCGGGACAUCUCCAGAUCAUUUACAAUAUAUGUGUGGCUGUCUUCUGUGUUUUUAUGAUUAGUAACACAGCUGUGGAGAUCAUUGACCAUGGGAGGUUGAUUGACCCUAGCCUUUUCAUUUUUGCCUUUGGACAACCUGGCACAGUUGCAUGGUCCUGGAUCUGUCUGUUUACAUAUACACUGCUAGUGCCUUAUAAAGCACUAGUCGUUUGGGGGUCUUUGUAUCCCAAAUCAAAUCACAAAAUCAUGUUGUCUGCCUUUGUGGGAAUACUCCUACUUGUGGGUCAGACAUGUGUCCUUUGUAUUUUCCCCUUCUAUGUGGUAAAACAUUAUCAGCUGCCACCAGCUUCAGGUUUCAUUGUCAUCAUAGAACAGUUUCGAUUCAUUAUGAAGAGUUAUUCGUUAUUAAGAGAGGUAGUUCCAACUGUUUUACAGAAAGAACAAAAAGAGGUUCAACUGCCAAAACUUUCCAGUUACCUGUAUUUCCUCUUCUGUCCAACUGUAAUCUAUAGAGACAGCUAUCCCAGAAACCCAUACAUCAGGUGGAAAUACCUAAUCAAGUGUUUUGCAGAGAUCCUAGGCUGCCUGCUUUUCCUCUACUAUAUCGUGGACAACCUGUGUAUUCCAGUGUUCACCAACAUGAGCAAACAGCCAUUCAGUGUAAAGACUUUGGUUUUAUCCAUCUUUCAUGCUACACUACCAGGUACCCUUGUGCUGCUGAUAGCAUUCUUCGGCUUCUUGCACUGCUGGCACAAUGCUUUCGCAGAGAUGCUCUGCUUUGCAGAUCGAAUGUUUUACAAGGACUGGUGGAAUGCCACAUCAUUCUCAAACUAUUUUCGGACAUGGAAUGUGAUGAUCCAUGAUUGGCUCUUUUAUUAUGUGUACCAAGACCUUCUGUGGCUGUUGAAUAAGAAGUUUCGUUCAGCAGUGACACUGGCCGUGUUUCUCUUGUCCGCUUCUGUGCAUGAAUAUGCCUACUCAGUGGCACUUGGGUAUUUUUACCCAGUUGUGUUUUGCCUCUUUGCUAUUUUAGGAGUUCUGUUAAAUUUCUCAAUCAAAGACAAGCAAAAAAGUCCAGUGUUCAAUGUAAUAGUAUGGACCUCCCUGUUCAUGGUCAGGGCGUCCAGGUUUCUCUAUACUCUCAGGAAUGGUAUGCACGGAUCAAUUGUCCACUCACAGAGAAAACAUUCUGGGGACUUGUGACACCUCGCUCAUGGUCCUGCCACUUAUGACCAAAGAACCAAAUACAUUUCUAGAAACUUUCCAUACGUAAAUUGUAUGCCCUAUGCACAGAAAAGUCCAAAACAUUUGCCAUUGACUGGAUGUAUGGACCUUAUUGUACAGAUCACUAAAAAUCCCUUACAUCACAACAAUCAGUUGUACUUCUGCAAGCAAAUGUGUUUUUUUCUAGUCAAUGUACCCUAUAUAAAGUAUUAAAAAGUAACCUAAUACAAAGCCUCAUGUAUCAUUAAGGGCUUAGUGUCAAUAAAAUGCCUUAUUGUCA